AUGAAAAAAAAUAAACAUAUUCAGAAAUUUUUAGCUGAUCAAUCAGUUGUUCACAUAUGCUUUGGUGAACGCAAUGAAAAUGAUUCACAUUCACCAGAAUAUCAUAUAGAACAAGGUAGUAAUGAUAAUCUAUUAACUAGUAGUAAUACCGUUAAACUACAAUCAACUAUGAUUACUAAACCAGAUACUAAUAGCAAAACAGAUUGUCAGGGGUUAACAGAGAGACAUGUUGAAACCUGCAACAACCAUAAUGAGAAUCCAAUCCUUCAUGAUGGACCACCAAAUUACAUUCUACCAGCCACCACUCUUAACAAACCAGUCAUGUUUUUUGCUGGGUUUGACGAUGAAAAAGAGGCUACUGAAUCUGAAGCAGACGCAGGAGAACCAGUUGUGGAAAACAGAAUCAUCUCAACUACUGUGUCCACUAAUUUCUUCGUACCAUUUGAUACUACUGAUGAAAAUGAAGAUGAGUUUAUAUCUAGUCAAGCACGGAAACCAAAAGUUCCGUUUAACGAGUCUACCAAUGAAUAUGAUAUUUAUUUAAAACAGGAAGGAUCAGCCAAUAUUUCAGGAUUAUCACAUAUUCAUGGAAAAGUUAAAAUUGAAGGAGAAGAAUAUGGUACAGCAGGUACUAAUAAUAAUGAUGGUAUAUUGGUAAACCACACAGACUCUAAUCUAAAUGAUAUACAAGAUGAAAAUAAGAAUGUAGUACAGCAAGAAGAACAAUGUGAUACUGUAGAGGAAGAGAAACCUAAGGUAAUGGAGAAACCAACAGCAGCUACAGUGUUUACUAUUGAUUUUGAUGAAGAUAAGAAAGUGAAAAAAGACCUGAAUUUGAGUGACCAUAUACCAUCAAAACUGAGAGAGAAAUUAGAAGCUAGGAAAAAAGCUAAGUCACCGGAAGCUGAUUCUGCUAAGAAAACAACUCCUAGUAGUAAAGAAAGUGCUAAAAAUUUGGAAAGAACUCCUUUAAGAAGUUCUAAAAGAUUAUCAAAUGGUGUUAAAACACAGGAAUCUAAGAGCUCAGAAACAAAACCCACACAGAACAAACCUUUAAAAACACAGACAAGUAAAAAAACUGACACUAGGAGACAAUCAACUGAAUAUGAUUCUAGAACUUAUAAAGUUAAGAGAAAUAAAUCAAGCACUAGUAGUGAUACCAGAAAACAUUCAUCCACUCCUGAAUCGGACAAAGAAAAAAGACUAUCCAGUUCUAAGAACAUUCCAAAUACAAGUACAGGAAAGAAAUUAAGAAGACUUUCAAAGUCCCCUGAAUCUGUGGCAUCUACUAAGAGUAGUAAAAGUACCGGUAACAGUAGUAAAGUUGGUGUGGAUAAAAGGAAGAAACUAUUAGUACAGAGUCAAAGGAAAUCCUUUGACUCAGAAACAUCAUCUUCUAAAGCUAAAGCUAAACCAUCUUCACCAAGUUCUGUUGCUAAACCUAAAGUGACUGUAAAACAGCCUAGAGUAACAGAAGAAUAUAGAACCAGCCCAGAAACAUCCCAAAUUAAAGAUGGUAAAUCUUAUUUAAUGGAGAAAUUAUUUGAAGGUACAGAAAUAAUACAACAACAAACUAUGACUCAACAUGAAGCUGCACCACUAAAAAGUCAGCUGAGUUUACCAGAUGAUAAUGUAAGUAACUCUGGUACCUAUACUAUUGAUGAUGAAGAAGAAUGUAAUGAAGAAGAAGAAGCUAGACAGAGAAUAGAUGAGGUGUUUGGUGUCAGUGAACUAAACCAAGCUGUAAGAGACAUGUCCCUACAAGAUGAGGUAUAUAAUACUGGUAAUCUCUCUGACGACAGUACCUGUACACCUACUGACGACCUCAAGCGACGCAGUUUCACCUUUGAUCAACCCGAUGACUCCGACGCUACCAAACAAUAUGUGGAUUUUGAGGAGUUAAAAGCAAUGGCUAUACAACAUGGUGGUGAUGUUCCUUUAUGGAUGUCACAACUUGUAGCUUUAACCAAUCAAAAUCUACAACAGUCUAGUCAUACAGUCAGUCCUUCAUUGGAUACUAGCUUUAGUAGCAGAUCACCAGUUGACAAUGGUACCAAAAGAAAGCCUGGUACAGGCAGACGCCUACCACCAAUACCUACUAAUCAUUCUACUAGUUUACUCUCUCAGUCAUCACCUUUAUCUGAUUCUUUAAAUAAUGUUUCUGAACACAGUGCCAAGCAUUCUCCAAGAGUUCCAACCUCUAAACAGUCUCCAAAACAUUCUCCUGUGGCAUCAACUACUUCUACCAAAAAGCCUUUUGUGUCUUCAACCAGACCAAAUAGAGCCUUUGAACUCAGACGCUCAAAUGCCACAGAGGGUUCAAGCAGACGGAAAUCAACCUCAUCAGUAGCUUCAGCUAGUCCACCAGUAUCUCGUAGGUCAGAACCCAAAACUGAAAGAUCAUCAGCAUCUUCAACAUCUCGACCUCCUAGAGCUAAAGCCAAGACUACACAGCUUAGUACACAUCUGAGCAACCUGAAAAAGGAGCUGAAAAGAACAAGUAUUGGGGAAUCUGGUAAGAAGUCUGGUGGUAGUAAGAGUCAAUCCACACCAGCCAGCAGGAACAAUUCUCCAAAAACAUUGUCCUGGAAAAGACGAAUGGAAUACGAUCCCAGAAAAGCUGUGAGUCAAGCCAAGGAGAAGUCGAAGAAAUUAGUCAAACAAUCUCAGUCGGUAGCAGUGGAGACUACUAAAAGUACCAGUAAUCUUGUACGGUCAUCAUCUUGUUCCAAUUCAGAAGAACUUUGUGGGCUAGGAUCAAUGAAGGAACUAAGUAGGAGUUGUAUGCAUAAAUCAGCCUUUUCAACUCCUUCACCCAAAGAUCUGAGAAAUAUGUCACCUCUGCAGCGUUCAGCUUCCUUGAGAAUUAGACGCAGUACAUUUGAUACAGUGCCAGAUCAAGAUGUUCAACAAAAUGGAUUACACCGCACUGAGUCAUAUAAUCCAUUAUUGGUAUCGUCAAUCUACCAACUAUCACUACAGUUAAAAUCUCAACUAGAUAAAACAGUAGAGAAACUUAAAGAUGAAGAUAAAAUCUCAGUCACACCAUCACCUAUUGAUGAUUUCCUUGAAGAACCAGAAAAAAGUCAAUUCCCAGCCUGGAAAACAGCUAAUAAUGAACUCAUUAGCAUCUUGAAGAAUCUAAGAAGAAUCAAGCAUCAAAUGCAAGCUGUUGAUUCUGUGUUAUUUCCUACUACUAGUGACCACACCUUGGAUCAAAUUCAUCGCUUAAGUCUAGAGAUAACAGAGUUUCAUCCUAUUGGUCAUGAAGAAGAUUUUAGUGAUGAAGGUUCACCUGAUUUAAUGGAAGAAUUUUACUAG